GUUCCUUGAGAAAAACAGGGGAGCAUAUACGCAUAUACAUGAAUUUGAAAGGGAAAACUGAAAUUGUGGUUUAUUUAUCACCAAACUAUGCACUUGUAACAAGUUACAUGCAGUUCCCCGUUGUGUUGGUCAUGCGCACUUUAAGCCAAAUACUUUUGCUUUAAGCAGACUACCGCCAAUACACCAAAGACGAAGAAAAAACCUAGGAAGACGAUCCAACAUGGCGGUGCCGGCGGGACGGUCUGUCGUAUUUGUGACAGGAAACGCAAAAAAACUUGAAGAGGUGAUUCAGAUUCUGGGCGACACGUUCCCCUACAAACUUAUAUCAAAGAAGAUUGACUUGCCAGAAUACCAAGGGGAGCCAGAUGAAAUCUCCAUCCAGAAGUGCAAGGAGGCUGCACGACAGAUUGAUGGCCCAGUCAUAGUGGAGGACACCUGUCUGUGUUUCAAGGCACUGGGAGGCUUGCCUGGCCCUUACAUAAAGUGGUUCCUGGAUAAACUCAAACCAGAAGGUUUGUACAAACUCCUCGAUGGAUUUGAGGAUAAGUCAGCGUGGGCCCUCUGCACCUUUGCAUUCACACCCGGAAAAGACCAAGCGGUGGAGCUCUUCAGAGGAAUAACCCAGGGCCACAUUGUGAAACCAAGGGGACCCCCAGACUUUGGAUGGGAUCCCUGUUUCCAGCCAGAGGGCUAUGAUAAAACCUACGCAGAGCUUCCUAAAGAUGUAAAGAACUCCAUUUCUCAUCGAUACCGGGCACUAGCGGCCAUGUCGGAACACUUCUCGCCGCACGGCAAGAGGAAGAAGACAGACAAUUGAGCCACCAUGUUUGGUCAACAUUAAGAGUCUACUGCAAGUUUGCGGGGGUGUGUUGGAGCCUAUCCCAGCUGACUUCGGGCGACAGGCGGGGUACACCCUGGACUGGUCGCCAGCUAAUCGCAGGGCACAUAUAGACAAACAACCAUUCACACUCACAUUCAUACCUAUGGACAAUUUAGAGUCGCCAAUUAACCUAACAUGCAAGUUUUUGGAAUGUGGGAGGAAACGCACGCACGGGGAGAACAUGCAAUCUCCACACAGAAAAUGCCCAAGGGAGAAUCGAAUCCCCGUCUUCCCGAUCUCCAGACUGUUACUGUGUUGGUCAACAUGCUAACCACCAAACCACCAUUCAAAAUACAUUUUCUUUGUCAAUUUCUGUUCCGUAUUUGUUUACUCUUGUGGCGCCAUAUCAAGUGCCACACUGCUGCAUUUCCUCAAACUACGGUGUCGGCAGAGGGUCAAACAGGACGUGCGCACGUUAAUCUCGCCAAAACAAAUCGUGCCGUUGAAGGAAAUUUCUCAUUAUUACCCCGUUAACUUUUACAGCCCCAAUUUCUAAUAAUACACUUAAUCAUCUACACAAAGUUGACAUUUGUCUUUAAAAAUACUGUUUUUUUCCAUAUGCUUUGACUUUUCGGACACCCUGCCACCUUCCUUUUGUUGGAAGAAUCUUAUU